AUGCUCACACCACAAAGAGGAGUAGAGAACUGGUUCUAUAUUCAGAGGGAGGAAUCAAAGAACAAGAUAGUGAGAGUUUCUAAAAGGCAGCAGAAGACAUUUGGGGAAGUUGGUGGGAUGUGUUUGGUGAUUGGAAUGCUAUUACCAGUAAUGAGGAAAAGAGGGGAGAGGCUAGAAAACCUGAAUCCGGAUCUUCUGAUGGCUGGGGGCUGUGGUUGGGAUGAGGAACUUGUUAAGGUAGGUUCUUUUAGUCAGCAGGGCAAUAGAUCUGCCAUUGCCGUCGUCCUCAACCUCCUCCCCAUCAACCUCCGGCUCGGCCUUGGCAUCCGCCUCCCCAGCUCCUCCGACCGCCGCCUCUAA